AUGGGCGACCACCAAAAUCAGGCUACGGCCAACAUUGAAGAUAUUUCCAACAGGGUCAAUGGUCUGAAUAUCAGUGGCAAAAAAAUGAGAAGACGGCCUCGCAAGUCUCUCGACGAAGCCUUGCGCAGUUUCGACGAAACAGCUGUUGCUUUCACAGAGCAGGCAAACACCGUCGUCAAAUUGCUUGACACUGACGGUGAACUAAACAGAGCAGACGUUGAGUCCAUUUGCCUCGUACGAACCAGGGGUCUUCAGCUUGUUCGACUUGCACAACUGCUUAGCGACUCUGCAAUCCCAGCUCUUGUCAGACAAGUCAUCUGCUUGGACGCCGAGACGUCCUUUGCCGUACAUGACCUCCUAGAAUAUUUUAAGAAACAGAUAGAAAAUAUUACACGGAGAGUCAUCGGGAUAUCAGGGAGUGAGGGCAUUCUACGGAAGAUUGCCGAGGAAUGUUAUCAUCAAGCAACAAGCCCUACGGGUGAGCUUAAUCCAGAUGAUUAUCUUGCCACUAGCAAGUGGGCAGAGAGCAAAGACAGAAGGGAAAAUUGGAUCAAAUUCUGGACCAGAUCGCUCUGCAACUGCCCCGGUGGUCCGACACUGUUUCAACCCAUGGAGGACUCUGUCACGAAACCUCCAACUCAAACCCCGCGGUACCUUUUUCGAGCAUGGGAUAACAAUAGCACGGGUAUCAACGGUGAAGACGUCAUCGCUUCCAUACUUAGCAAGGACGACAACGAGAAUCGCCACAAGAUUGACAUGUUUUCAAUGGACUAUCAAGAGGCUUCAGAAAUGUUGCACAAUCACUUGGAUAAGGGUCUUGUUAAUAGUAGGCUGACCGACAACCUCGUUUCAUGGAGUAGCUCCCUCAUUUUUGUUUUUCAGUAUGCAAACUACAGGUUCUGCCAAUGGUGGAACAAACAGCAAGAGGACGUUUACAUAUGUGCUGUUGAUACAACAAAGCUCCCACGAGGGCAGUUUGCAAGGGACAAGUGGUUACUCAAUUGGUUCAGCAAUGCCACGUUGUUAGAGGAAGAGAAUAGCUUUCGCAACUUUCGACUGAACCGAACGGACUAUGAUAACGGAGAGUACCUUUCUCAGGGCAAACUUCACAUUGAUGGACGCUCUUGCACCUUUUCUCUGCGGGAGCUGAAGGAUUCUGGACUGUGGGAUUUAUAUCCAGAGUUCAAUAUCCAUGAUGUGAACCGUGACCCCGAGGUGAGAACUACGUGGACAAACUAUGUUAAGAAACUUCGGUGGUCAUGGCAAUUUACAAAGAAAACAACAAAAGCGGAAGUGCAGUGUGCACUAGGUAUUGCACAAAAAUGUUUUCCAGGUUUUGAUCAUGAUGAUAUGGCUUUGUUGAUACUCUCGUUCCGCGAACGCAAGCUACAGCCGGAGAAACCAUCAUUUCAGAAUCCCUUUGUAGACUAUAUUGACUACAAGGAACCGGCAGAGGUGCAUCGAUACUCAACGCUGAGGAAGCGAUUGUCAGAACUAAGCAAGGCAUCAGGAGGACAUGGCAUGAAACUCUUCGAGCAGUUAUAUGACCUGGAAGAUACCGAAGAAGAUUAG